AUGUUCGGUUUCAACUCCGGGCUUUCGGCCACCCUGCUCUUGGCCGUGGCCCAGUAUGCGAACGCGGGACCAACAGCCAAGACUCUGAACGGCACUUAUGAAGGCUCGCAUCUUUCAGCCUACCAGCAAGAUGUCUUUCUCGGGAUUCCGUACGCUCAAGCUCCCGUUGGAGACUUGCGUUUCAGAGCGCCUGAAAGUCUGAAUGCUACAUGGCCCGCAACCCGGCCUGCAACUGAGUAUUCAGAUAUUUGCAUGCAAUACACAGCACCUCCUAGUCACCCAAUGUCCGAGGAUUGCUUGUCACUCAAUAUCAUUUGCCCGAGUGGUCUGAAUGCAACGGAACCGCUUCCUGUCGCAGUCUGGAUCCACGGGGGCGGUCUAUACGCCGGCUCAUCCAGAGAAACCAACCUGACAAACUUCGUGCGCCAGGCUUCGGCAGCUCAAAAGCCUCUCAUCGCCGUCUCGAUCAAUUAUCGACUGUCGGCAUUUGGCUUCCUAUGGGGUUCCGAUGAGCUCAAAGCCAACGGAAGUGCCAACAACGGCCUGCGAGAUCAGAGACUUGCUCUUCGCUGGAUUCAAGAAAACAUCGGAUUCUUCGGCGGCGACCCUCGUAAAGUCACGAUCUUCGGCCAGAGCGCCGGAGGGUUAUCUGUGGGAAAGCAGCUGAUAGCUUACGGGGGAAGAGACGACGGUCUGUUUCGCGGAGCGAUCAUGCAGAGCGGCGGUAUGGCCGAGAAGUGGCCGUACAACAUCAAGGACCCGGCGGCUUACACCGAAGAUCUGUACCGAAACAUGACGGAGACAACUGGUUGUGCCGACGACGCGAGCCCUUUGGAAUGUCUCAGGAAACUCCCCGUUGAGUCUCUCUCGGCCGCGUUGAACGUCAGCAGCACACCUGUUUUCUUAGGGACCGGCCUCGGACCUUGGCUCACGCAGAUCGAUGGUGAUUUCCUCCAAGAUGGACCCACGUCGUCCCUCGAGAAGGGCCACUUCGUGCAUGUGCCCAUCAUGUAUUCGACUACGUCGGAUGAGGCGACUGUGUUUAUGUUUGGAGGAGCCAUCGAUACAGACGCAGACUUCAGAGCACUUGUUGCAGCCGGCGGACCAGAUGAGCCAACCGUUUCCAAGAUCGAGAGUCUCUACCCCAAGAACAGCACAGGGCUCCCUCAAGGAUACACCCCUUCCGCGGAAGACGUGCAGACCCAUGGUUCACAGUGGAAGCGAGGCGUUCUGUUCCACACAGACGUCGUCGAAACCACCUCGCGACGCUUGACGUUGAAGGCGUGGGCUGCCGCUGGUCUAGAAGCAUACUCAGCGCGUGUCAACUUAUUGCCUCCAAGCACAACGCCUCGCCUUGGGUCACAUCACUCGAUGGAUCUGAACUUCAUUUUCGAUAACCUCGACGCCGAGACGGCCAAUAUGACCCAGUUCGCAACAGCAUCCCGACUCAUGAGCAGAUCGUGGGCGUCUUUCGUGUCAGAUCUGGACCCUAACGGUCAUGGAGGUAUGUAA